GACGUCUCUUCCCCACUGCAUAAAUUUGGGGGAUGCCAAAGGGAAAAGGAUCCAGCAUGUCAGAAGGUGAAGCAGCCGCUGGUGCCUACGAGAGAUGGGAUUUGGUCGAGGGGAUGGAAUCGGAGAAGAGAGAGCAGAGGAAAGCACGUAAAGGAGCAGUGCCAUCCCUCCUGACCUUGUCUCCAGAAAGAGCCAUCACGCUGCUGUACGUGCUUCUGGCCCUCACCUUCGUGCUCUUCAUGGCUCUCACCAUCGUGACUCUCCAGAGGGUAUCUGCCAUGUGGGAGGCAUUGGAGCAAGCCCGGAUGCGGAGUGAGAACAGCCACACGACAGCAAGGCACAACCUCUCAGAGGCCCAGGACACCCUCGAUGAACAGCUCUCUGUGGAGCUCAAGGUGAUGCGCGGCCGUCUUCAGAACGUGUCCCAAGAAGUGGAGAGGGUGUGGUGGAAGGUGGCAGAGUGCCAGAGGGAGUGCGGGAAGGAGCUGGCGGAUCGCCUCCGUGUCCUGGAGGAGAGGGACGUGCUGGAGCCGGUGCUGCAGCAGCUGGCGGAGGCGAGGCAGGAGCAGAGCCGCGUCGCAGCCCUCCUUGACAAGGCGCUGCAGGAGACACACAACCUCUCAGAAAUCUUCUGCACGAGGUGUCCCUCUGGCUGGCAGCAGUUCGACAGAACCUGCUAUUUCUUCUCCUCCACCACCAAGCCCUGGCUGGCUGCUAAAGAAUUCUGCACCAACUUCAGUGCCCAUCUGGCCAUUGUGGACUCUCAGCAGGAAAAUAAGUUCCUGGCAAAUCAUGUCAUGGAGAAUCAGAAGUUCUGGCUGGGCCUGACUGACAGGUACAGAGAAGGCGACUGGCAGUGGACGGACGGACGCUCCCUCUCUCUCCCGUUCUGGAACAACGGAGAACCCAACAACGUGGGCAGCCACGGGGAGGACUGUGCUACCAUUUAUUCCAACGGCCGCUGGAACGACGUGCCCUGUUUCCAGGCCGAGCCCUGGAUCUGUGAGCGCAGCUGCUAACCGCUGCCACCUCCACCUUGCCGAAAAAUGGGUGGAAACCAGUAAAAACCUGACAAACCCAGCACAGGGUGAAAACAUAAAGCUUUGUGGGAGAGAAAGGUGUAAA